AUGCAGGCCACGACCGAUGGCGGUGAUGCACCGGAGCAAAGCGAUACCUUCACACGGCCACACGUCGCGCUUGCUCGCCCUCGACCGCCAAGACGAACGACGACGAACAGUACUCUUCGAGCUGAUGCACGUCCUUCUACGCCUCUCAUGGCCCGACAAGAUCGAGAGGGGGCAAGGGAGCGUAGUCUGGACUCACCGAUGAUUGUCACUAGCGAGCGAGACCAAGUCAGGCACGACCUUGGUCUAGACACGGCAACCGUCGAGCUCAUCAAUGCUGCCUCCGUCGCGCUCGAGCCUUCACCCACUCAUCACGACUCAGACCCAGUCACACCAAGGGCAGACACGUCUCGCGCACUACACGCAGGCGCAAGUGGUCACUCAGAUCCAACGCAAGACGAUCCGCCCGUCAUGCAGGACUGGAUAGGCGGCAAGACGCGAGAAGAGCUUGAGGGGUUACUCCUCGAAGCCGACAGAGUCAUACGCAUGCGAGAACAAGAGCUCAUCAUAUCUGCAUCGAUCGGCAAGUCUUUGCUUGACAAUAAUGCAGAUCUCAAAGCAAAACACGAUGCAUUGCUCAAUAAGAUCACAUCAGCUCCUUCGAGCCAGGCAGGCACACUCAGCGGUCGCUCGACAUCGCUCUCACAUACCACAGAGACCGGCCUGACCUCUCCCUCGAAGCGACAAUUCGGCACGGAAAUCGAUACAAACGUCAUCGUCAAUGCCUUUACCCACUCACAACCAUCCGCAAAGUCCGAGCGGGAUCCCCAGGAAGACCCACUUGCCACGCCACUCUCACGUACCAGUCAAAGCCGUUACGUCUCACGCAAGCCUAGCCACAUCAGUCUACGGUCAAAUGCGUCCGAUCCGUACGGUGUACCCAUUUCGCCUUCAUCAUCAUCCACACCCGGUCAUAUCAGGAUACUACCCACUUCACCUUCUGCGCUCAACAAGCUGUCUGAGGACAACGACGAGCUGGCGCACAAGUUGGAGGAGCUCGAAGCAGAGACUCAUAAAGCCGAUCUGAUGGGACGCAAGAAGCUCCGUCGACUUGACAAGGAACUUGCAAAUCUGAAGCGCGAGCUCGAAGAAGCGCUCGAGAAGAACGAUGAACUCGAAACUCAGCUGCACAAGAAGCAGACCACCUCGACGCAGCCACUCAAAGCGCUGUCAAAGGCAGUCUCGACAGAAUCACUUGGAUCGGCCACUUCCGCCCAUUCACUCGCGCGUCAUUUUGAGCUCAAGAUGUCAGAAGCGCAACCCGAUCAUACCAAAGCUCGUUCUAUCGAUGCUGGCGCCCGUGCUCUGGCCACGACGCCUGACCGACAAUCGCCUGUUUCAUGGCAAGCAACAGCAUCAGGGCGGGCGAUGUUAGCCGAGGCUGCCGCUGCCGCUUCUCCUCUUCGCCAGCCGAGCUUCAGUCAUAUUAUCAAGACGCCAAGGAGCAGAGCAACAUCGAGCGCAUCUGUUCGUCCGUCGGAAGCAGCCACCAAUCCAGAGGAACAAGCGAUCGUCAAGCAGCUUAUGGCAAAAAUCGCAGAACUGCAAGACACCAACAAGGAGAUUGCAUCUCAGCGACUCGAUCUUGACGAGCGACUACAAAGGGCGCAAGUCGAAAUGGAAGGCGCGCGUGCACGCUACGACGAGCUAGAGGAUGAGCUGCGCAGGGCAGAUCAGCAGCGUCAGAUCGAGCCGGUUCGACAUUUGCCGCUCGCUCUGUCAUACAGUCAGCCUGGCACGCCUGUUGCGAACCUGACUGAGCUGCCACAACGCCGCGCGCUCGGCAACCUCGCUAUGCUUCAACGCACAAAGCUGCCCUAUCUUCGCAAUGGCCAAGACAUCCGCUCGACGCCUGUCACGCCCAACGACGUGGCCGAAGUCGACGGCGAGUCACACAAGAGCUUCUUUCGACGUGGAUCCUGGGAUACUGCAGCAGAACACGAGGAUGUGAUGGACGUCAUCGAACGGCAAGAAAAGGCAGCCUCUGCUCGCGAUGCAGCGGUCCAUCUACGUCAGACAAGCCAUGGCAGUACUUCUGCGAUUCAGUAUGACUCAGACAAUGAUGAAGACGCUCGAGUUCCGCCAAUAUCGCAGAACCUUGCUCUCGAGCUCGGCUGGGAGGAUGGCAAGCUGGUCAUCACACGAACGAGCUCAGAGGUCUCCAGCCUGCACGAAAUCGCUAGUCGCCAUCGUCCAGAGACUCGUCUCGCCAACUGGAACGAUCUGGACGAUGGCAGGCUGUGUGCUCCUGACGAUCUCAUUCCACAUGGCGGCCUUCGCGAUUCCUCUUGUCCUGACGAGAAUGCCUACGCUGCCAUUGAAAAGGCCAGCUCGAGUGUGCCGAUCGUCUGGCAUGAUGAUCGCGGCUUCGGUGGAGCAGAUGUGCACGAUCAACGGCAGUUCAGUAACAUCGGACGAAGCGCUUCCGGUCAGUCGUGGAUUUAUGAGGACGAAGAAGCGACAGAAGGUCCGGAUCCGUGGGAAGGCUCUGACUAUCCUGGACUCGAAAGUGCCGAUGCCGUCAAGGAGCGCCGGGAAAUGGAAGCACGCGAGCGACAUCGAAAGCGACGACUGAGGCAGAUAGCUGCAGAGAGCUCGAGCAGUGCUUUCUCAGGCUCUGACGAUGGCCUGGACAAUGCGACGACGCCAUCGACCUCUAUUCACAGCCAUCUGGUGGACGAAGAGAUGAAGCAGACGAACGGCAGCCGUAGACGUCAAGCUCUCCGACGACUCGGACUGAAUGUCCCUGCAGGCAAAGGUUCUGUGCAACGUCAGCUCGUGGCGUAUGCCGGCCGACUGCUGAAUGAUGGCGAAGACGACGAAGAGCCGUUUGAUCACAUCCGCGCGGACGAGCAUGACAAUGUCCAGGCUGGCCAGCGCGGAGCAGAUUACUACCCUGUUUCGUUCCUUGCUCGCUAUCACCCUCGCACGGUCGCAGCACGUGUCAAGUAUACGACGACGAGUUACGUUCAUUUCUGUCUCGACUGGAUGAAGCUCUUCAUCAUCCUCGGCAUCGCCAUCUUCGUGACCGUUUAUCGAGGGCCAGCUAAAGUGCUCGCUAUCCCAGAGCGACGAGCGUAUCGACGCAGAACAAACCGAAAGCGCAUCCAAUAG